AUGGAUAUUGAAGUACAAGGAGAUGAUGCGUUAAGAAGGACAGUUGAAGAUGUUAAUGGAGAUACACAUAGCUAUAAUUGGGAAGAGAAUAUGGGAAUCGUUAAUGACAUUGAAAGUGAUGAAGAUGAAUGGGAAUAUGGUUGGGAAGAGGGAAUUGAGAUUGAAGAAGAUAUUAGAUUUGUUCCUGCAGCUAAAUCAUGUAUUGAGGAAUUGAAGACAGUAACAACUAAAGAAACAGAAAAAUGUAGUAUUUAUUUUGAAGAUUUUAACGUUGGUGUCUGUAUGUCAUGUUCACAUAUGUUUCAUAUGGAUUGUAUUCAAGAUUGGUUGAAUAUAGGCAACUCAUGUCCUUUGUGUAGGUUUCAGUUGCCUCCUAAUAAGAAUUAA